AUGAGCGAUGAUGCAGAAAACAUGGCUUCCUCGAUGACUCCGUUAAAAUGGGAAGGUUGGUGUUUUUUCCUGUUUUAUUCCAUAUUCCUCUUUACCUAUGAGAUCCGUUAAGUUAUUCCUACGAUAUAAGCGUCUGUCUUCAAUUUCUGGUUUAUUUCUGUCAUGUUUAGAAUUGAGGAAGAAAGCAAGACAACUUGAAAAUGAGAUUGAUCUAAAACUGGUGUCCUUUAGCAAAUUGGGGACGUCCUACAGCCAUCAUAAUGGCUUCAGAGAAAGGUGCUUGUAAGGUUGCUAUUAAUUGAGUUGCGUGUUUCAUUAGUUGUUUCUCCAAGCGUUUAUGUUAAUAAAUUGCAGUUCCGAUACGUCGCCGCUACUUAACAGUUCUUCAAGUGAACGACUUUUCGAUACCAUGGGACUAGAAAUUGAGCAACUUUUAUCCAAGGUCAGUACUGAUCGAAAUUUUAUUUUCUUCAGGAAACGAUUUAUUGGCCAUUCGCAGAUCUCUCGCUUAAUAUUUAUUUAGAAUAACAUUACCUUACAUUUGCAUAUAAAAAGUUAAAAUCAGGGUUUUCAACAGUUUUUGAAGUAGGAGUUGCGUUUAUUUGAGUAGGAGUUGCAAGGCCCGGAGGGCCCUGCUCUCUAGGGGGGUCUGGUGGCAUGCCCCCCCCCCCAGGAAAUUUUGAAUUUCUAGACUCUUGGAGACGCAUUUUCCCGCAUUUUGAGACGCAGAACUAGCAAAUUUUAGAUAUCGAAAAUACUGAUAAAUUUUGAUGCUUUUAGUAACUUUAACCACAAUAUUAGGGUACGCUUUAACCACAAUCAGGGUUUUUGUGUGGCAUAUUGUUGUAAGUUGAUAAAGGCUUUAGUAUGUUAGUCAUUGUAUAGGAAUUUAUUGUACCUGAUGAUUUUUUUUUUACCGUGUAUAAAUAAUGAUUAAAGAUUAGAUUAAAGAUUAAAGAUUAGUUCAUAAUUUGGGUUGAAAAAAGUAAAAGUGAUUAAGAAACAGCGAAGGUAAUUGAAUUUUCAAUAACCAACAAAAGCUACUUGUGUACACUUUGUUAAUGUAGACCCAUGCAUGUACUUGGAUAGCUGUUUGUCCAGUCUAGACAGAAGCAUUUUUUCUGGGCCUUCUCUUGAUGCCUGGAAAAGGCUCAAAAACAUACUAAAGCUAUACACGAACUGUUUUAAACUCAAACAAAAUUUACAAUUUUGAAUAUCCUUAUUAUUUAUCGAUCACAAACACCGUUCAGUCCUACUUCAUCAUUCAAUUGAAGUGAAAUAUGCAGAAAUAUGGUAGUAUCUACAAGUCGAAACAUGGAGAUUCUUUGUCUUCUGAGAAAAAGACUUUUAGUCCUCACUAUCAUCGUCAUCAUCCUCCCAUCCACUGUCAUGUGCUUCACUGUCGUCCGAUUCGCCAUGCUCUUCAUCUAGGCAGAAGACUUUUGCUACCACUUCUUCUUGUUCUUUCUCCUCAAUUUGAACUAUUUCCUCUUCCGUUUGCGUACCGGCAUCUGCUUGGGUAAUCUUCGGGAAAACAUUACAUUAUUACCUGCAGCAUCCUUUUUCUUUUUCUUGUUUGUCACUGUCAGCGACCACAUCUCCCGUAAACCACGCUGUCGCUUUUCUGCCAUUUUACCGUGUUCUUGGAGACGAAAUGUGGCGUUUUAUAUAGAGUGGCUUCAGAAACCGCUAACUACAAUGUUCCCUGUAACUGAGACCCAGUCUUCGACUCGUCCUCAACGUGUCACUCAACGUAUUACGCAGAGAACGUAUUUUAGAAGCAGACUCAAGCGAUGUUUUGGUGAAAUUCUCCAGAAAAAUUUCAAGUUUGCUUGUUCGCAACAGCUUUGUGAACACUUACCACUUUUUAUCAAAAGUUUUAUUUAUCAUAUAAUUUACCUAAGGGAAAGUAGGCGUUGCAAAUCAAAAAGUUGCCGUCGGAUGCGACGGCCGACGGCUUAUUUUGAAAACACUGAAAAUGUACAAUUUAUUCAGAUGUAGUAAUAUAUUAGGCUCGGAGAUGACGACGUUGCUUAUUGUUGACACUGUCAGGCACAAUUCGGUUCCCCGGCAUUGCCAUUUGGGAGCAACGCACGUGAACGUGAAAAGACUUGUCCUUUUUCGUUUGGUGCACAAUAUGUUACAUUCUUACCAUGGCUUUUAAGAUUAACAGCUAUUUUGAAGAUAGUGAAGAGGUCUGUCUUUCCCUUUUAAGUUUUAUGAUGAUGUACUUUCCUUUGAUCCUCCCUAUGCUCACUUAUUUUUUGUAAGAUACCUGUGAAAUAGCUGUAAGAUUACUGUCAGCUCUUUUUACCUUGUCAUUCAACUGUCACAGGUAAAAUUUGAUUUCAGGUUAUAUUUUUUUAACACAGGUUGAUUCUCAAUUUCCCUUGUCUUCUAGAGCUAGGAGACAAAUUGAGAAUCAACCUAGGCUAAAUCAAAAUCAAACUGAAAUCAAAUUUGGCCUGUAGCACAACCAUUGCUAUGCUUUAUGCUUCACUUAAAACGUGUAAUGAAUUGAUGGAUGGCCUUUAGGCCUGGUUUCCAUAUGAUGGCUACGAUUGUUACGAUAGCUGUGAUCGGUGAAAAAAUAAGUUCAUUGAAGCGAUCAUGUGGAAACCACUUUCAAGUGACCGUAGCGUUUGCAGUGAUCAUGGUGAUGAUGAUCUCUGAGAUAGAAAAAGUUCUAUCGUUUUCGCUGCAAUCACUACAAUUGCUGGAGAUUGUGUUUCAAUUUGAUCCCUAUAAUCGCUGAGCUUUUUUCUCAGCGAUUGUCAGGAUCACAGUGAUUGUAGGGAUUGUAGCGUUUAUAUGGAAACUAGGCUUUACUUUAACACAAAAUUAAGGAAUUUUCUGCUAUCUAGACAAAAUGAAAAUGGACGCUCAUUGUAGGACCAUCUUGUCCCAAUUUUGUAAAUGGUUAGAUAGGAAAAGAAAGCAGCCAAGACCAAAAAAAAGGUUUUUGAAGAUUGUCAAUAUUUCCUCUCUGUCCAUGUCUCCCACUGCACAAACACAUCUAGACUGUCCCUAGACAUUACUUAGCAAGUCAAAGGAAAUAUUGGUAUUCUCCUAAAGGACAAGUUCUCCAAUGGAAGUAUGAAUAUAAAUCAGAAUUUUACAGGGAAGGAAAGGUUUUAGAAACAAAAAUCUUCCAAUAGGAGGUUUAGAGGAGUACAACACCACCUUGGCUUAGAGAACUGGGUAUACACAAAUUUACAGUGAUAGCUCUCUUAACAGACCCUCCCGCAAGUGGACAGCUUUACUUACAGCCACCUUCUCCAUACCCCUUUUCAACUCAUACAAACUCUGUAUUUUUUACAUUCCCAUUAGCUGCUGUGGACACUGUCAGUUACAUGUACGAAUUAGAUUUGUAGCUGUGUAUUUAAGCAUCCAUAAGCGGACUCCUAAAAUGAAAUCUCAUUCACCUCUGAUUCUUAGAGUGUUUUUUUUUUUCACAUCUAUGUCUUGUUACACUUCAAAACACCACUUGAAUGUUAUACUUGUGACUGAAUAUUUACAACAUUAUCAGAACAACGGUAUAGUCAAACACUAACAAUUUUUUUUUUGCAUUUUUAAUGUUUAUUUGUAGCUGGGUAAGCUCCUGUAAGUGACCAUUUAACCCUUACAUCUCUAUUGGCCACUUAGGCCAAUAGAGAUAGAAUUGGCCAUUUCGUAAGAGGCCAGCAUUAGUUAUGGACAUUUUUUUGCGCCCCGGGAGUGUCCACUUAGGAGAAGUUCCACUGUAUUUAUAAGUAAGCUUAAUUAAAUAAUUAUGCAUCUUUAUAAUUUGUACAUACAUCAAAAGUUAUUUAUUAAUAGAAAAGUUCUAAAGAUGGUUUGGUGUGUCUCUUGUAAUAUGUUAUGUACAAUGUUUCUUGUUUGCUUUUUUUGUAGUUGACAGAAGUAAAUGAUGCAAUGGCUGAAUACACUGCGGGGUUCAGUUUAGGUCAACCUAAUGGUACUCAGCUUCAUAUGCUUCAAAGACACAGGGACAUACUUCAGGGUUACUCACAUGAGUUCUCAAAGACAAAGGUGGCAUAUUGGUUGUUAAAAUUUUGGCUAAUGCUCAACUUUAUACUUUAAAGCAGAGCACUAGUGGAAAUUUUAACACAACCAUCACAGAACAAACUCUAGCGCUGCUUAAAUACAGUACUGCUUUGUUUUCCAAGACAUAGGUUUUAAAUGUGUGGUUGUUCCUUGAAUGAGUAUACAAUGGUGGAGGACUCGGACCAAUUAAAAAAGCAUGUUUUGUAAGCCUACACAGUCUGUACAAUGUACAGGAAGCAUGUUUACAUUGAAACUCUUAACUUCUUGCCACUAUAAUUAUUGAGCAAUGAGGUCAACUGAACAUGUGUUGCCACCUUAUGCUGUGGCUAAAGUAAAAUUUUUUGACUUGUGGAAAUCGAUCUAAGAAGAAGAUUAAUUUGUGAUCUUGAUCUCAAUCGUGGUCUAUCAAGGAUUCAGACCUGAACUUACGUGGUGUUAGGCUAAGGUUUUAAAAGUUAAAUGUUAUUAAUUUCAUAAUUUUUCUACAUACCAGCAGGAUUUUAGUAGGAUUUGAUAAUUUUUUAGAAGGUGGGGAUGUGGGGGAAAUCCCUUGCCCCCAGACCUUAGCAACAAACCUGAAUUUAUACAAAAAUCUUUUCAAAACAUAUGGUUAUCUUGGUUCUAGGCAAAUAUCCAAGCAUUCAGAGAUAGAGAAGACCUUCUAGGAUCUGUUCAUAGAGAUAUAAAGUAAGCAAGUUUUUUAAGCUUCUUGUUAUUCAUGAAAUGUUAUUCAGUAGGAAAUCCCAAUUACCAUGCGAGCGGAGGUUUCUGUCUUGCAUUUCUUUUAGUGUUUAUAAAGUUCUUUGUGUUGCUAGUCAGUUGCGUAGUUGGUUUGUUAUAUACACCUUGCAUGUGACUGACAAGCGAUGCAAAGGACUUCAUAAACACUAAAAGCCAUGCAAGAGAAACCUCUGCUCACAGGGUAAUGCCAAGGGAAAAAAACAAAACUUUUGGUGUAAUUAUUUUAGUUGUGAGGCACAGUAUUGUGUACUAAAAUAAAUUAAUGCUGUGUUAGAGUUUGCAGACAUCAUCUUACACCUUUUUCUAACUUUAGUGCAUAUAAGACUGGGAUGAACAGAAGAACAGAUCUUUAUCUCAAGGAAAAUGAACAUAUAAGAAAGUGAGUUUUGUUGUACAUUAAAGAAGCCUUGACUGUGCUCUGUUCUGUUGUAAAGCACGCAGGAAAGAAAGAAGUGUAGGGGGAAACAGGAGACAUACAUGUAGUCGAGUGUUUCUCCCAACUCCUUUAGUGCUUCAGCUGCUUCCUAAGGGGCUUAUUCUCUCAUAAAGCAUGCUUUUUCAACCAAUCAGAGUACACAUUAUAUCUGAACUUUAUUAUAAGUAGAACUAAAGAAUACAUGGAGUAACAGUUGCAGUAGAGUGUAAGAGAAUAAGAUGUAGGAUCAUCUCGCUAAUCAUCAGACUGAAACACUUCAGUCCUGGUGGAGAUUAACUAGAAAGAAUUGGUUUCAUAAUCAUAAUUGUCUGGAUAUAUGUAGUAUCCAUCGCCUCACUUGUUCCAAUUAUUUUGUUAGUGAUGACUGGAAUGAUUGAGACGAUUUGGGUGAUUAGCUGGGGAUUUCAUGUACAUGGAAACCAGGCUAAAAUGAGCGACUCACCCCUAAAGGUGGUCAUGUUAAUGCUGUGGUUUGAUUUUACGGACACCAGUUAAUAUGGACCACAGACACUUUGCUGUACUGAGUCACAUACUCUCAUAUAUUGUCAACCUCGCUUUACGGGCACUGAUUAUCUACCCACGUUCUGUGACGGAAUAUCUUACCAGUUAAAACAUAGCAGAAAUAGUGAUUGACCUUUCAAACGUUCUGUAUGAAAUUCAGUCCACCUGGCUGGCAAACUAAAAGCCUUAGUACAAAGUCAUGGAUACUAUUGUUGUAUUUCAAGACAAAUGCUUGAAAUGUAGUUUUAGUCUGAGAAUAUGAUAAAACUAAUGAUUUAAUGACUGGAGGGUUUUUUAAGAUGAACUUGUUUAAGUUACAGAUAAGAAAUUAAGACAUGUGUCCAUGGCAUUUGGAUAAUACAUUACUGACCCUGUGGCUUGUCUUCUUGGUGUCUGUAUUAUUUAACUGGGUUCUACUGUAUUAUUUUCCAUUGUUUCAUACUAAUUUUCAAACAUUACCAUACCCCAAAACAGGGGGUAAUAGAAUUUAACCCAAAGGUAAAAUUGAACCACAACAUUGAUAAAAGAUUACCUCUGUCAAACUGAAAGUUAUAGCACUCUAUAAAAAUUUUCAUGGCCUGUCCUUCUAACUCAUUUCUAUCCCAUUUAGCUCUGAUCGGCUGGCAGAUGAUGUAAUUGGGUAAGUUUGCAUUGAUGUUCAGUGGUGUUAUUUAUGUGGAUUUGUAAGCAGUCAGAUUAGAACUCUGCUACAUCAUGUAUUACACACAUACAUACAUACACGUUAUUACGACUCCUCUAUGCGGGGCUAUUCUGCCGAAAUAAACAAAGAUAAAAAUAUAUACAAUAAAUGUUUACAUGGGUUAUACAGUUACGGAAAAUGUAAUUCGAUUUAGUCGAUUGAUUUAAGAAGUGUUUCCAAGAAAGUGGGCAGAGGCUUUCCUUUUAAAACUUGAAAUAUUGUUAAUACUCCAAAUGAAAAGUAAAAUAAAAAAUAUGUACUGUACAAAUGAGGCCCUAAACUGCCUCUUUUCCACAAUUCAAACAAAUGAGGCCGUUGAUCUGUUAGUUCCUGCUCACAAUUCUUCUUGUUUAAUCAUGUUUCUUUAGUGAAAUUCAGCAAGGUUGUUCUUGUAAGAGCUUGAACAAAAUUUUUGUUUUUUAAUCAUGCUUUUUUAGUGAGCUUGAGCAAAGUCAUUUUCGAGUGACCUAUGUCAAAAGGAAGUGGGUAGACUUUUUGCAUUGUUGGGCAGUUGUCUCGCCCAAACGUUCGCGCAAAUCGUUUCUUUAAGAGUAAAGAAACGUAGCAAUAAAGAGGUUAAGCAUCACGUUUACGUCAAACACGAAUUUUUGUACCACGUGACCAAGUUUCCUCUUUAUCUGCCGUUUACUGUUUAUUAUUUCUACACCCAAAUUAGUAGUUUCACGCAUUUUUUCAUCAAUAAGAAUUGUUUUGAGCCGUUUUUAUCUGGUCAUUUUCUAUUUUGAGAAAUUCUCAACUCAAACCUGAUGAAGCUUAAACUCUCUAAGACAAAUGUGGUAGUGCUAAAGCAUAUUAUGAGAAGGAAAAAUGGCUCACUUCCGAAUAAUGUGCAACGCUCAAAAGCUCCCUAUAACAAUGUGCAUACAUAACUGCACGCUUUAGAGCUUUAUCGGCGAGAAAAAUAGGAUAGGCAAGCGCCAAUGGUACAUAAUCAUCAACAUUCUAAGAGCCAAAUCUGGAAAAUUUCUUAAAUUUGACCACUUGGAGGUGUGAGAGUUACAUCUUUUCUUUUUCAACUGUAGAGUUGCACUGGCCACUAAAGAAAAUCUUCAAAGUCAGCGAGGUGUCCUGUAUGGUGUGAGCAGUCGACUUGGUUCAGUGACUAGUAUCCUUUUUGAUAAUCAGCGUGUGUAAAUCUGAAGCUAGAAACUCCUCUACUGGAUAUGCUUUGUGAGAAAUGAGCAGGUCAUCUUUAAUUAGCAGAUUGAGACAAUAGGAAUGCUUACAUUAGCAAAAAUCCAUCUAUAGUGCUCAGUAAUUUUAUGAUCAGCAUACUCACGUGUUCCUUGGGGGCAGUGCUAAAUCCAAAUUGAUUUUGUGGCGUGUUGUGUAAAAUUUAUGGAAUUAAAUUGCUAUAUUUUUAUUAUUUUCAUGGUUCCUUAAUGCACUUUAUAGAUCGUUUCCCGGCACUUAAUAGUUUGAUUCAACGCAUAAACGUCAGAAAGCGUCGGGACUCAAUCAUCUUAGCCAGUGUGAUUUCUAUCUGCUUGAUACUGAUGCUCAUAUAUGCUCUUGGAUAGAAACAGCGAUUUCAAGUAAAUCCUAAACCACUGAUUCCUUGUUGGGAUAGUUGAAGACGCCAUGUUGUUGACCAAUAACUAUACUGACAAUAAACAGAUCUGCUGUAUGGAGGUUGUGCUCGGUCUGAAUUUACACCUGACCUCAGUGACGGCGAUUUGAACAACAGGGCGAUUGUUUCUUCUGGCAGAAAUGUGGAGAUAGAAAUACACCGAGUGACUUUGCAUCGAGUGUGUCAUACGUACUGUGGCGCUUGCUUAUUUAUUAUUAUGCAAACAAAAUAUUUUAAUAAGUAGAAUUGUGAUUUCACGACACAAAACGUUUCUCGCAAAUGCUACUAUUUCAUAAUUGUACCUUUUGGCUGUGGCGAUUUUUCCCCCAGAGAAAAAUAUGUAAAGGAACAUCCCAUGCUGUCUAGAUUUCGAAUCGGCGGGCCUUUGACUAGCUAUUUUCUGUCAAUCUGCUGUU